AUGGCUUCAACCUCCCAAACCGAAUUCUCCGCUAAGGAUUUUGACCAAGCGCUCCGGGCUUUGGACGUUGAAAUCGGCAAAUCCAAGAACAUGUCCAAAAUCGCGCCGAUUCAGCUUCUAAGCGCUGGUGGUUUUGUGGCCGUGACUCUAUUCCAUAACCGUCUCUCGACACAAUACAUAGACUACAUCAUGAAUCCCGAUACGCCGAAUGUUAAUAAGAUCAAGGAGAAGCUCCAGAUUGCAAUUGAGGCGGUGACCAGGCAGCGAUCGCUCUCCACGGACUGGAUCAACUCGCAGAUGGAAAUCUUCGCUAUCGGACCCAAGAAGCAGCGCCUGUUCCGCGAUUCUGUCACGCAGAAUGUUGUUCUCUGGAGAGGGGCUAACCUGGUUAUUUACGCCGCUAAAUGGGAGUGGACGUUGGCCCGCAAGUUUAAAAGGAUUGGGUCGGAGCGCAGAGCUAUUGAUAUUAGUGAUGCGGUCGAGAUCUUAUCUAGAAUGGUACAGGAGAACGGCGGCCCUCUCGCUUUGGAAACCGUCAAGUCCUGGGACACUAUCGUCUACACGCCACUAGACAUGGCUGCGAUCAAGAGCGUUGCGGACGCCUACAUGGGACAAUGGGGCGUUGCCGGCAUCAAGAUGUAA